CUCCAUUUAUUCAUUGUAUUCCUCUCUUCACUUCACUUUUUUCUUUCUUUUUCUUUUUUAUCCUUGUCCUCUUGUCUCCAUUCCUACCAAAUAUCAUACAUUAUACAGAAUGCUUCGCUCUGCUUCUUCCGCUAUCCGUCGUGUUGCCGCCAUCAAGGCCCCUGCCCAGAUGAUGGCUGCUCGCUCGUUCUCGACCUCAAUGGCCCAACACAACAUCUCUUUUGCUCUCAAUGAUGAUCAGCGCGCCAUUCAGGAACUCGCUCGCAAGUUCACUGAGGAUGAGAUCAUCCCUGUUGCAGCUCAUCACGAUCGUACAGGCGAAUAUCCUACUGAGUUGAUCCGCAAGGCAUGGGAACUCGGACUUGUGAACACUCACAUUCCUCAAGCCUACGGUGGUCUUGGCCUCGGUGUGUUUGAUGGUGCUUUGGUUUCCGAGGAGCUGGCUUAUGGAUGCUCUGGUAUCCAGACAGCUAUUGAGGCCAACGGUUUGGCUGAGGCUCCUCUCAUGGUCGCCGCUAGCGAUGAACAGAAGAAGAAGUACUUGGGAAGAAUGACAGAGGAGCCUCUCAUGGCUGCCUAUUGUGUUACUGAACCAGGCGCAGGAUCAGACGUGGCUGGAUUGCAAACUAAGGCUGUCAAGAAGGGAGACAAGUGGGUCAUUAAUGGACAAAAGAUGUGGAUUACCAAUGGAGGAAAGGCCAAUUGGUACUUUGUUCUUGCCAAGACUGAUGCUAACGCCAAGGCUGGCAGUGCAUUCACUGGCUUUAUUGUCGAUGGUAACUCCAAGGGCAUUACUGUCGGUCGUAAGGAGCAGAACAUGGGUCAACGUGCCAGUGAUACCCGUGGAAUCACCUUUGAGGAUGUUGAAGUCCCUCAUGAGAACGUCUUGGGAGCUGUUGGUCAGGGAUUCAAGAUUGCCAUGGGAGCUUUCGAUAUCACACGCCCUCUCGUCGCUGCUGGUGCAGUUGGUCUUGCACGCCGUGCCAUGGUCGAGGCUACCAAGUACGCUGUCGAUCGCAAGACAAUGGGCAAGGCUAUCAUUGACCAUCAGGCUGUGAGCUUUAUGAUUGCAGAUAUGGCUAUUGGUAUUGAAGCUGCCCGUAACAUGGUCUGGAAGGCUGCUUGGCUCAAGGACAAUGGUCAUCGCAACACUUGGGAGGCCUCGAUUGCCAAGGCUCUUGCCUCAGAUGUCGCUGUCAAGUCUGCUUGCGAUGCUGUCCAGGUCUUUGGAGGUGCAGGAUUCAACACUGAAUAUCCUGUCGAGAAGCUUUACAGAGACUCCAAGAUCUUCCAAAUCUAUGAGGGCACAUCUCAAGUCCAGAGACUGAUCAUUGGCAAGGGUGUUGUUGACCGUGUCACCAAGUAAAAGAAAGAUAAUAAUAAUAAAUCCAUGUAUCCAUAGAAUUCUAGAAUAAAGUAUGUGAAGGAAUGAAUUACUUUUUAGUGGCUUCGGAGAGGGCUUUAUCGAGGAGCUCCUUGUAAUUGAUUUCACCAUUGUCGUCAUCCUCAACGGCUCGAUAAUGAACUCUUAUGUAUACCAAGAGCUUGGAGCGUUUGAAAGCUUUGCUGGCAUGAUGCAGUCAUUGUUGUCCAUUUCAUACACAAAAGAAAAUGAGA